AUGGCUCUCGUACAAAACGAACAAGAAGUAUUGCUCAAUACCCGGGCCGGUGGAGUUUAUAUUCCACCAGCCAGAUUGCGGUUAAUGCAACAAAAAAUUACUGAUAAAUCGAGCGAAGAAUAUCAAAGGAUUACCUGGGAGGCACUCAAAAAAAGUAUUAAUGGGCUUAUCAACAAGGUCAACACUUCAAAUAUCAAAAACAUUGUUUUCGAAUUAAUUAAUGAAAACUUGAUUCGCGGAAGAGGUCUUUUCGCGAGAUCAAUAAUGAAGGCACAAGCAGCUUCUCUGCCGUUUACACCCGUUUAUGCCGCAUUAAUUGCGAUUAUAAAUACAAAACUACCGCAAGUAGGAGAGUUGGUGCUAACUAGACUAAUAGUGCAAUUUCGUAAAGCAUACAGACGAAACGAUAAAACAACUUGCCUUGCCACAACUACUUUUAUCGCGCACUUAUGUAAUCAUCUUGUGGCACACGAAAUAGUCGCGUUGCAAAUUCUUGUGCUGUUACUUGAAAAUCCCACUAGUGAUUCUGUUGAGGUUGCUGUAGGUUUUAUGCGUGAAGUUGGUUCGCAUUUGGCUGAAGUCUCACCAAAAGCGAAUAACGACGUUUUUGAUCGAUUCAGAGCAAUUUUGCAUGAGGCCAACGUUGAAAAGAGGGUUCAAUAUAUGAUCGAGGUGUUAUUCCAGAUAAGAAAAGAUAAAUACAAAGACAAUCCUCCAAUUUCGUCAGAUUUGGAUCUUGUAAAGGAAGAAGAUCAAAUUACACAUCAUUUGUCACUGGACGAUGACGAUUUGGAUGUUGAAGAAACUCUUGUAUGGGCUAAGGCUUUUGAACAGUGCUUCGUUCAGUAUUAUGAGACCAUCCAUCGAUAUGAAACGAAUCGAUUACGAAACGUAUCAAAGUACUUCGGACACCUGUUAGCUUCGGACGCUCUAUCCUGGCAAGUUUUUAGUGUUAUCAAACUCACCGAGGAUGACACCACAUCAAGUUCCAGAAUUUUUGUUAAAAUAUUAUUUGAAGAACUUUGUGGUACAUUGGGUAUGGUUAAGCUUAAGGAAAGGUUGAAGGACGAAACUAUGAAGGAAUAUUAUUCAGGUCUUUUCCCGAAGGAUAACCCGCGGAACACUCGAUUCGCAAUAAACUAUUUCACGAGUAUCGGUUUGGGUAUUUUAACCGAUGAACUGAGGGAACAUUUGCAGAAUGUUCCCAAGUUGCUUUUGGCCCAAAAGCAUGCUUUAGAAAGCAGUAGUGACGAUAUGUUUGAUACAUUACGUGCAAUAAAAUCCCCAACCGCAAGAUGGAUUCAUGGCUGCUCCCGAGGACACGGUAACAAUACAACCUUUAGAGGUGCGUAG